UAACUUAUAGUACUUCUUUGCUCUCCUAGAAACAACACAAUGGCUUCAUGGGACUAUUCGGAUGAUGGUGAUGCUAUCAUGAUGCUCAAAAGGACAUCUUUAGAAGGUUAUCCGAUCAAAGAUGCCUGCGGUAACACAGAGUGCGUUGUCAUGACAACCUUUAAUGGGCGUGUCUACACCUGUGACCCGAAAGGCGUUAGCAAACAGGAGAAUUAUGUCGAGGUGAUCUUCCCGACAUCCGAAGAGGAGAAUGAACCCUGCGUUGACAUCGUGAGCGUAUGCUGUGGUCGACAUCACUUCCUUGCCCUCUCUGCCGAUGGUCGGGUCUACAGCUGGGGUAGGAACGAUGUCGGGCAGCUUGGUAUUCGGAAAAAGAAGCAGAGAUAUGAUAACCAGAGCCAGAUUACACAAGACUUCACACCAAGAUUGAUCGAGGAACUCUCAAACUAUGACGUCAUCCAGAUUGCCUGCGGAGACGUCCAUUCAAUCGCACUCACUCUAGAUGGGCGGCUGUUUUCAUGGGGUUGCAACCGUCAUGGUCAGCUAGGUGUGGAGACCAAGUGGGCCGCGAAGGAAGCAAAGGACCAUGCAGAGAAACCCAUUGAAAUCGAAGGUCUCUGGGGAAUUCCCGUGCAACACAUUGCCGCUGGCGGCGCUCACUCCGUUGCUCUUUCCACUACCGGGUCAAUCUUUGUGUGGGGCAGUAACACGCAUGGGCAGUUGGGAUUACAGAAGUUAGAUGAUGUGAAGCUACCGGUCAAGUUGUGUUCCUUAUCACAAGGCAAUGUCAAUGUUGUCUCGUGCGGAAUGCACCAUACAAGCUUCCUUAAACAGAAUGGCCAGCUGUUGGUAUAUGGUAUGGGUCUAGACAGGUGCCCUUGUGAGUCCGACGAAUGGGGCAAGUCUGAACUGAGACCUGGACGACCCGGACGCACGUUCUCUUUCCUACAAUCAACAAAUCGAUGUAUAUAUGCAGUUGAUGAAAUCACCAAUGGGGUCUUCGUUCUUGAUCAUGAGAAGGUCCAAAAGGGUGGAAAUGUACAGCUUGAACCCCUUGAAGGAGCUUCGAUGGUUGACUUGUUUGAACCUGAAUCGUCCACUGAUUGGCCACCUGGUCGUUACGGCUUUGAUCCAAAGGUCUGGGAACCAUCAAGGCCUGUAGAGGACUACGAACAUGUCGAAAGAUUCGAAGAAGGAACCCGCAGAGAUGAUGUCGAGGAUGAUGAGGAAGGCAUCACUGAUCUUUCUGCUACAUUUGAUACACCUUCAGUCACCAACGAACAUGACGGUCAUGCGGGAGAAACGUUGAAAGAUGUAUCUGGCAUAACCUGUGUUGGUCAGGAGAACCAUCAAAGGCAACCACGAACCUGGCGCCGACUGUGCGCUGGACAGGAAAACAUCUUUAUCAUAGAGCAGGAUGAACCAGUGAGGAAAGAUGUCCAUAUUUCAAUUACUCCUGGACGGGAGAUCGGUACACUAUCUGCUGGACUGCUGCAGAGUUUAAGUGACAUGCAAGGAGACAUCACUGAAGAGAGUGCCCCUUUCCGACAAGCAAGCAUGGUGUUCUCAUCUCCCGCUUGCCUAAAUGCAUCCUUCCGCCAAACAGGACCAAACGAAGUCAAUGGUCUGAAUGUUGAUCUAAAAGCAGCAAGAAGGGCUUACAAAGUGAUCAGCGAGAACGACAAUCUUAUUGAAAAGAUCAAAUGGAUCUUUCUAAAACGCAACCAAAAGUAA